AUGCAUGGCUUGGCUCAAUCUUGGCUAAAUCAUGUCACGUUCUCGGCUACAGAUUUGAAUCAGCGGCUCUUUGUUUGCGUCACGUGCGCCCAGCCACCCGCACCGCAUAAUGACGAAACACAAUCGUAUGUGUUAUAUGCAGUGCCUCAUCGCUUCUCAUCGCGGCCGCAUCUAGUAAGUACGCACGAUAUGCCCAGUGACACUGCUACAAUAGAGAGCAAACUGGCGACGCUACCGGAGCUGGUAGAUACCGAAACGGUAACAAAGACCGAGACAAUUGAGGCUGAUACAGAAAAUGGUUUAAUGGAUGAUGUGGCAGACAAUGUACCAACUGGUUCAACUGAUUCAACUAAUUUGAUUCUGAAUGCGGCUGAAUUACCGACAAAUUUACCUGAUUCACUGACUAAUUCACCAGCUGCUGAACAUUCUGGGCAAGAAAAAGUAGAAUUGGCUACAGAGGUUUCAGCACAGAAUUUGCUGCAAAAUUCAACAAAAACUGAUUCCAACGAUGAACCCCUCAAAGAUCUGACAGAUACUGGUACAGUCCAUAGUGACCUUCCCGAACCUCAAGAGAGCCUGGAAGUGCUGGAAAAAGUUGUUGAAGAAAAACAAGAUGCACUUCCCCAAUUCUCAGACGACGAAAUCGAGGUGAGCUCGCAGCUGUCUUCAGAUUCAGAUUCAGAUUCAGACUCAGACUCAGAAUCAGCCUCAGACUCAGAUUCAGUUUCAGAUUCAGGCUCAGAGUCAGACUCAAAUUCAGCUACAAAAAAAGAAAACCCAGUUCUCGAUGUCGACGAUGAAGACGAAGAAGCGGCUGGUGGUCCCAUAUACUCUAAGAACGAAGUCAUUGAAGAAAAACCGCUUCUUUUGCCUGAAGACUAUACAAUUCCCGAAGGCGCACCAUUGGAAUAUGUGGGAGAAAUCAACGGAGUUGUAGACAAAAGUGUCAUUAUUAAAGCCAAUACUUCGGGAGAAUAUAGAGUCUUGAACGAAGAGUCUGUUCUAUGCCUCGAAGACAAGACAUUGAUAGGUCCAUUGUUCGAAGUGUUUGGUCGCUUACAGGCUCCACUUUACAGAGUACAACUAGAAUCGUCUGAAAAAGCCAUCAGUUUUCGAGACCAUAUCGGUGCCAAAGUGUAUUACGUUGUUCCAGAUGCUAAAUUUUUACUCACAGAUACCAUAAAACAUAUCAAGGGAACUGAUGCUAGUAAUUGUCAUGACGAAGAACUUCCGGUUGAAGAGCAGGAAUUUUCUGACGAUGAACAAGAACUUGCAUCGAAACAGGCCAAGAAAAAGAAAAGGAAACCCAAAAAGGAACAGGAACAACCAAACGCAAAGAAACACCAGCCUCAAGGAUUCCAGCUGUAUGGUUACCCCACUGCGGAAAAAACUUCUCAGAGUCCCCAAGUAAAUUAUGGAUCUCCCUAUGGCGCAAGUUAUGGACAAGCGUUGCCGAUAAACCCAAAUAAUCCACAACAAACUCCACAACAAAACACUCCACAAUUGAACCAGACUUCUCAGUUUCAGAGUACUCCGCAGUUCCCACAAAAUGUACUGCUCCCACAAACUCCACUGUUCCCCCAAAAUGCACUGUUUUCCCAAAAUGCACAGCUCACUCAAACUCUGCAGUUUGCUCACCAAGCUCAAUUGCCCUCACAGCCUCCCUACAAUGGUCAAGGUUUCCAACAGUACCCAUAUCCAUAUAACCAACAUGCCAAUCCAUAUGGUACGCCAAUUAAUCAACUUCCAAAUAAACCUCUUGUUGGUCAACUUCUGCAUCCUGUUGCACCUCAGCAGAUGGGUUACGUACCGUCACAAUACCAAAACCCAUAUGGUCAAUUGCAGCCAAAUUAUGGUCAACAAAUGAACAUUCAGUCGCAACCUACGGCAAUGUCGCAUCCUCAGUAUUCACCAAAUCCUCAGUUUCAGCAACCACAGCAGCAAGCAAACCCAGCUCAGUUGCAGCAGCUUCAACAGCUUCUUCUCAACCAACUCCAGCAAAACCAGAAUCAGCAAUCUCCGCCAUACCAGCCAUAA